CUACCCAAAAGAAUUUGAAAUCAAAGAGGGCUGCUUGUUCUACCAGGAACGGUUGGCAGAUUGCUUACGUAGCUCUGGUCUUGAUGUAACCAGGUUGAACACACCUUUCUCUACACGCCCUAUUCUAAGUCUAGGCGGUUCUGGUGAGGGCAGCACAAGUAUCAGUGAUUUAGGGUCUAUAAAUAUUGACUUUGACAACAUUGAUGGCUCGCCACAUUUGCCGAAGAAGACAGAAGAAAUCACAGUAGAUUCUCUGAAGAAAAUGUUGGCUGAGGACAACACACACGUUAAAGUGGAAGAGGAGCGUAGAAGACGGGAGGUAGUCAACAUGUUUCGCUCAGCCCCUUUUGAAGACAUAGUUGCACAUUCAGAGGCGAAGUCAAACCAUUUCCACAACAAGCUCACAGAAAUCCUGGAGAUGGUAUCACACGAUCGGCUGCCAACAGAAUCCCCUCAAGAGAUGGUGUUUCCCAAGCUGUUUGUCUACUGA